AACUCGCUUAGAGUGUAGACGUAGAGCGGAUACUCGGAGAGCUACAGCAUGGCGGAUUCAUCAGAAUCGUUCAGCAUCGCAACGAGCCCCAGGACCGGGUCAAGGCGAGGGGAUGCCCUGACAUCCAGCCCUGGUCGGGAUCUCCCGCCUUUUGAAGAUGAGUCCGAAGGACUCCUGGGUGAUGAGGGUCUCCCGGUGGAUGAGGAGGAGGAUGGAGAGGAACUGAUUGGGGAUGGCAUGGAAAGGGAUUACCGUCCGAUCUCUGAACUGGAUGUUUAUGAGGCCGAGGGGUUGGAUGAUGAAGACGCGGAGGAAUUAACAGCCAGUCAGAGGGACGCCGCGGAGCAAGCCAUGAAAAUACGAGACCGGGAGUCAGGGCAUGACCUGGGACGCAUGCGCAGGGGGCUGCUCUAUGAUAGCGACGAUGAAGAGGAAGAUCGUCCAGCUCGGAAGCGCAGAAUGGCUGAGCGUGCUGCUGAAGGCGCUCCCGAUGAAGACGAGGAGAUGAUAGAAAGCAUCGAGAAUCUGGAAGACAUGAAAGGUUACACUGUGAGAGAGUGGGUGUCCAUGGCAGCGACCCGCCUGGAGAUUUACCAUCGAUUCAAGAACUUCCUGAGGACUCACGUUGACGAACAUGGGCACAACGUCUUCAAGGAGAAGAUCAGUGACAUGUGUAAAGAGAACAAGGAGAGCUUGGUGGUGAAUUACGAGGAUCUGGCUGCCCGUGAGCACGUCUUGGCAUAUUUCUUGCCAGAAGCUCCAGCAGAAAUGCUCAAGAUAUUCGACGAGGCGGCCAAGGAAGUUGUGCUGGUCAUGUACCCCAAGUAUGACCGCAUCGCUAAAGAGAUCCACGUCCGUAUAUCCCACCUUCCGUUGGUCGAGGAGCUGAGGUCUUUGAGACAGCUACAUCUGAACCAGCUAAUCCGAACCAGCGGGGUGGUGACCUGUUGUACUGGCGUCUUGCCGCAGCUCAGCAUGGUGAAAUACAACUGUAGCAAGUGCAACUCCAUCAUGGGACCCUUCUUCCAAUCGCAGAACCAAGAAGUGAAGCCAGGCUCGUGCCCCGAGUGUCAGUCUCUGGGGCCCUUUGAAAUAAACAUGGAGGAGACUGUGUACCAAAACUACCAGCGAAUAACCAUCCAGGAGAGCCCUGGAAAAGUGGCAGCAGGAAGGUUGCCACGCUCCAAGGAUGCCAUCCUGCUUGCGGAUCUGGUGGACAGCUGCAAACCCGGAGAUGACAUAGAACUUACUGGUAUCUACCACAACAAUUAUGACGGAUCUCUAAACACUUCCAGCGGUUUCCCGGUGUUUGCCACGGUCAUCAUGGCCAAUCACAUCACCAAGAGAGAUGACAAGGUGGCCGUGGGAGAGCUCACAGACGAGGACCUCAAAGCUAUAAUUGCGCUGUCCAAAGACGAACGGAUUGGUGAAAGGAUCUUUGCAAGUAUGUCUCCAUCCAUCUAUGGGCAUGAAGACAUCAAGAGAGCGUUGGCACUUGCUCUGUUCGGAGGGGAAGCAAAGAACCCAGGUGGCAAACACAAGGUCAGAGGGGACAUCAAUGUGUUGCUGUGCGGUGACCCGGGUACAGCAAAGUCCCAGUUUCUUAAGUACAUUGAGAAAGUUGCCAGCCGAGCCGUGUUCACCACCGGGCAGGGAGCUUCCGCUGUGGGUCUGACUGCCUAUGUGCAGCGCCAUCCGGUCACGAAGGAGUGGACGUUGGAAGCUGGAGCUCUCGUUUUGGCAGACAGAGGAGUGUGCCUGAUUGAUGAAUUUGACAAGAUGAAUGACCAGGACAGAACCAGUAUCCACGAAGCCAUGGAACAGCAGAGUAUUUCCAUCUCCAAAGCCGGCAUUGUCACCUCCCUGCAGGCUCGAUGCACCGUCAUAGCGGCUUCCAACCCUAUUGGCGGCCGCUAUGAUCCUUCAUUAACCUUUUCGGAGAAUGUGGAUUUGACAGAACCCAUUGUGUCUCGGUUUGACAUCUUAUGUGUCGUGAGGGACACGGUGGAUCCUGUUCAGGAUGAAAUGCUUGCAAGGUUUGUGGUGGGAAGCCACAUAAAGCAUCACCCGAACAAUAAAGAUAGUGGAGAUACAGAGGAGUUGGUGUUGCCCAAUACGUUUGGAGUUGAACCGUUACCCCAGGAGGUACUAAGGAAGUACGUCAUGUAUGCCAAGGAGAAGGUUCACCCUAAACUGAACCAAAUGGAUCAAGAUAAAGUGGCAAGGAUGUAUAGUGAUCUGAGGAAGGAAUCUAUGGCAACCGGAAGUAUCCCAAUCACGGUGCGACACAUUGAGUCCGUGAUCCGCAUGGCGGAGUCUCAUGCACGCAUGCACCUGCGAGAUUACGUGGUGGAAGAUGACGUGAACAUGGCGAUCAGGGUCAUGCUCGAGAGCUUCAUCGAUACUCAGAAAUUCAGUGUCAUGAGGAGCAUGAGAAAGACGUUUGCACGUUACCUGGCGUUCCGAAGGGACAACAAUGAAUUGCUGCUGUUUAUUCUAAAGCAACUGGUGGCAGAACAGGUCACUUACCAGAGAAACCGAUACGGUGCCCAACAAGACACCGUAGAAGUAUCUGAGAAAGAUCUGGUAGAAAAGGCUCGUCAGAUUAACAUCCACAACCUCUCAGCGUUUUACGACAGCGAGUUGUUUAAGAUGAACAGGUUCUCGCACGACGUGAAGAAAAAGCUGAUCGUUCAGCAGUUUUGAGACUGGACUUCUUGUUGUAAUUCUGGCGUCUUCAGCGUCCCCACCGACGACCUUUCCGCUUACAUUAGACUGUUUCAGAGUCUAUCGCAGGAGCUGCGCUUACUGUCUGAUAUGGACCCCCGGAAGGGCUUGUUGGGACAAUUGUGUUGGUUUGAGGAGGGUCCCCGUAUGUAAAUACUGGUUGGAAACCAAAACGUAUCUAAUGGAUAAUUCCCCAGACGUUGCCCCCCCCCCUCCCCAAAUUGUUAUACUUGUGGCAAUUUAAAAACUUUUCCAUGGAAUAUAUUCCUGAGCCUGACGCCUUUCUUCUAGUAUUAGUGCCAGCGGUCUGUCGAGGAUGUUUUGCAGGAACCUCAUUAUUUUUGUAUAGUGAAUAAUGUAAUUUGUAAUUGUUUUUCUAAUGAAAUAUAAGCAGUUUUCUUGUC